AUGGCUACUUCAAAUAAUUUUGUACCAAAUGCACCUGUUCUUGGAUCUUCUGGACCAAAUGACCUUCCACCACCGUACUCAGCUGUAGUUGGUAACCCACAAUAUGGCUUCGUGGCUCCACCGGGUGAACCCACACCUGCAGGUGUUUAUCCCCAACCAAAACAAUUUACUGCUACUGGAGUCUAUCCCCAUCCGCCGAAUGUUACCAACGCACAACCCCAGCCCGGAUUAGUGGGUCCUUCUCCUUCUGGUGUUCCCAUCGGUUUAGUGUUACCCCCUGCAGUUGGAACUGAACCAACAACUGUAACUUGUUUUAACUGUGGCAAAGUGGUAACAACCAGAGUAACAUAUACCACAGCUUGGCACACACAUUUAGUUGCAGGGUCUAUCUGCCUUAUGACAAUGGUGUGCUCGCUUUGCUGCCUUGGUCUAAUACCAUACUGCUUUGACAAUUUUAAGGAUGCUGAGCACUAUUGCCCUAAUUGCAAUACUUUCAUUGGCAAAACUACAAAAUGUUAA